UAUUGCACAGUUGCCCCUUUGUCUUCCAAAAUUUAGCUAUAAGCUAUGAUCUAAAAUCUUGAACUUUAGGAAGCAUUGGAAGAGUAUUGUUUUGGCAGUGCGUGACCAAAACAGACAUAAAAACAUUUAAGACACACGCACAGAUCUACGCCCUUCUAUCGCACCUUUGCUUCUUCCGUUUCUCAGAUCUCUUUCUUUUCCCUCCUUCAUUUAUUCUUCUACGCCAUCCAAUUCCCCACAACACACGAGGAUCUCUUUUCGAUUUUGGAUGAUCUCGAUUCACCUGCAUUUCGAUUCCCAAUUCCACACCCUCCGUGAUCUGUGGCGGUGCUCAGCGUGCGUCGCCGUUGAAUAAUUUGUUGCAAAUUGAGAGUGAGAGGAAAUGGCUGGUGGUGCAGCCGGAGGUUUCGUCACUCGAGCAUUCGAUUCUAUGCUCAAGGAGUGCUCUGGCAAGAAGUAUCCUGAACUUCAGAAAGCUGUUCAGAAUUAUACUGAUAUCACGAAAGAGGCUAACCAGAAAAAGCAGAGUGAGGUUAAUCAAGCUGCACCCUUAGCUGAAUCUGGGAGUGCAAAUGAAACCGAAGACGGAGCAGCAACUAGAACAGAAACAGAUCAGUCACCCCCUAAGAGUGGAAAUAUUAAUAUUGUCUUGGCUAAUGCUGGGCAAACACUUGAAGGAGCUGAUGCAGAACUUGUUUUAAAUCCUCUUCGUCUUGCAUUUGAGACUAAGAACUUGAAAAUCCUUGAACCUGCUUUAGAUUGUCUUCAUAAACUUAUUGCGUAUGACCAUCUGGAGGGGGAUCCUGGGUUAGAGGGUGGUAAAAAUGUCCCAUUGUUUACAGACAUUCUAAAUAUGGUUUGCAGUUGUGUUGACAAUUCAUCACCUGAUAGUACCAUUCUCCAAGUGCUGAAGGUACUUCUUACUGCCGUGGCUUCUACAAAAUUCAGAGUUAAUGAGCUAGGCCCCCUUUUACCCGUACUAACUUCAGGAUUCUAUUGCUUGCCUCCAGUACAUGGCGAGCCUUUGCUGGGAGUUAUCAGAGUAUGCUACAACAUUGCUCUGAAUAGCAAGAGUCCUAUAAACCAAGCAACAUCAAAGGCUAUGCUGACACAGAUGAUCAGCAUUGUUUUCAGGAGAAUGGAAAUUGAUCCGGUUGAAGCUUCACCUGGUUCUGGUGGACCUACAAUUACAAAGGCAGCUUCAGCAGAGAAUUUAAACACAAAAUCUGAUGAAUCUUCCAUGGGAGACUCAAACGAUAAAGAAAUGACUUUAGGUGAUGCACUUAGUCACGCCAAGGAUGCAUCUCCAACAUCCCUUGAGGAACUUCAAAAUCUUGCUGGGGGUGCUGAUAUCAAGGGCUUAGAAGCAGUACUAGACAAAGCUGUGCAUACUGAAGAUGGUAAAAAGAUAACACGUGGGAUUGAUUUGGAAAGCAUGAGUAUAGUACAACGUGAUGCCUUGCUGGUGUUCCGCACUCUUUGCAAGAUGGGUAUGAAAGAAGAUAGUGACGAAGUAACAACCAAGACUAGGAUAUUGUCUCUUGAGCUUCUUCAGGGUUUGUUGGAGGGAGUUAGCCACUCGUUUACAAAGAACUUCCAUUUUAUUGAUUCAGUGAAGGCAUAUCUUUCCUAUGCAUUGUUACGAGCUUCAGUUUCACAAUCCCCUGUCAUAUUUCAGUAUGCAACUGGAAUAUUCUUGGUGCUAUUAUUGCGCUUCAGGGAGAGUCUCAAAGGUGAAAUAGGCAUCUUCUUUCCGUUAAUUGUUCUUAGACCACUGGAUGCUUUAGAAUUUCCUGUCAACCAAAAACUCAGUGUUCUUCGGAUGUUAGAGAAAGUAUGUAAGGAUCCACAGAUGCUUGUGGACAUUUUUGUGAAUUAUGAUUGUGAUCUUGAGGCGCCAAACUUGUUUGAACGAAUGGUUACUACUCUGUCCAAAAUAGCUCAAGGGACUCAAAAUACCGAACCAAAUUCAGUGGCUGUUUCUCAAACAGCUUCAAUUAAAGGUUCAUCACUUCAAGGUCUCGUGAAUGUGCUAAAAUCACUGGUUGAUUGGGAGCAAUCACAUAGGGAAUUGGAAAAGUUAAAGAAUAGUAAGCAAGAAGGGGUUUCAGCUGAAGAUUCUAUUGAAAUAAGAUCCAGGGAAGAUGUAACCAGUGAUUUUGAGAGGGCUAAAGCUCAUAAAUCCACAUUGGAGGCUGCCAUUGCUGAGUUCAACAGAAAACCAAUGAAGGGGCUGGAGUAUCUAGUAUCGAAUAAGUUGGUGGAAAACACACCUGCUUCAGUUGCUCAAUUUUUGAAAAACACUCCAAAUUUGGAUAAGGCUACAGUUGGUGACUAUUUAGGUCAACAUGAAGAGUUUCCCCUUGCUGUGAUGCAUGCUUAUGUAGAUUCCAUGAAAUUUUCUGGAAUGAAAUUUGAUACUGCAAUCAGGGAGUUUCUUAAAGGCUUCCGACUUCCCGGGGAAGCUCAAAAAAUAGAUCGAAUCAUGGAAAAGUUUGCAGAAAGAUACUGUGCAGACAAUCCGGGCCUUUUUAAAAAUGCAGAUACAGCAUAUGUUCUAGCUUAUGCUGUUAUUAUGUUAAAUACUGAUGCUCAUAACCCAAUGGUGUGGCCUAAGAUGUCAAAGUCAGAUUUUGUUCGCAUGAAUGCUAGGGAUGAUCCAGAUGAAUGUGCUUCUAGAGAUCUACUGGAAGAGAUCUACGAUUCCAUUGUCAAGGAGGAGAUUAAAAUGAAAGAUGAUGCAUCUUUAAUUGGAAAAAGCAGCAGGCAUAAGCCAGAAGGUGAAGAAGGACGCCUUGUCAGUAUUCUUAACCUGGCACUGCCCAAAAGAAAGUCAUCUGGAGAUGCCAAAUCUGAAAGUGAGGCCAUCAUUAAGAAAACACAAGCUAUAUUCAGGAAUAAAGGGGUGAAAAGAGGAGUUUUCUACACUGCUCAGCAGAUUGAACUUGUAAGGCCCAUGGUAGAGGCCGUUGGGUGGCCUUUGCUUGCUACAUUCUCUGUAACUAUGGAGGAAGGUGAUAAUAAGCCUCGUGUUGUUCUGUUGAUGGAGGGAUUUAAAGCUGGCAUACAUAUUACUUAUGUGCUUGGAAUGGAUACCAUGCGAUAUGCUUUUUUAACAUCUCUGGUCAGGUUUACUUUCUUGCAUGCCCCCAAGGAAAUGCGUAGUAAAAAUGUGGAAGCUUUGCGAACACUGUUAGUUCUUUGUGACUCAGACAUGAAUGCCCUUCAAGACACAUGGAAUGCAGUUUUGGAAUGUGUUUCUCGCCUUGAAUUUAUAACAACAACUCCUGCUGUUACUGCCACUGUCAUGCAUGGAUCAAACCAAAUCUCCAGGGAUGCUGUUGUUCAGUCUCUGAGAGAAUUAGCUGGGAAACCUGCUGAACAAGUUUUCAUGAAUAGUGUUAAACUACCUAGUGAUUCAGUUGUGGAAUUCUUCACUGCUCUCUGUGGUGUAUCAGCUGAAGAGCUUAAACAAACUCCAGCUCGUGUUUUCAGCCUGCAAAAGCUUGUUGAAAUUAGCUAUUACAACAUGGCUCGCAUACGUAUGGUCUGGGCUAGAAUCUGGUCUGUUCUAGCAAAUCACUUUAUAUCAGCAGGGAGUCAUCAUGAUGAGAAAAUUGCUAUGUAUGCCAUAGAUUCUCUAAGACAACUUGGUAUGAAGUAUUUGGAGCGUGAUGAACUGGCCAAUUUCUCUUUCCAAAAUGAUAUUCUCAAACCAUUUGUUGUUCUUAUGCGGAAUAGUGAAAGUGAAUCCAAAAGGAGGCUAAUUGUUGAUUGCAUUGUUCAGAUGAUAAAAUCUAAGGUUGGAAGCAUAAAGUCUGGGUGGCGUAGUGUAUUUAUGAUUUUUACAGCUGCUGCAGAUGACGAAUUGGAAACAAUUGUUGAGAGUGCAUUUGAAAAUGUUGAGCAGGUCAUCUUAGAACACUUUGAUCAAGUAGUGGGAGACUGUUUCAUGGAUUGCGUGAAUUGUCUGAUCAGAUUCGCCAACAAUAAAAGUUCACAUCGUAUUAGCUUGAAGGCUAUUGCACUCCUGCGGAUCUGUGAGGACCGUCUUGCAGAGGGCCUUAUUCCUGGAGGUGCUUUAAUGCCUAUUGAUGCCAAUCUGGAUGCAACUUUGGAUGUAACUGAGCAUUAUUGGUUCCCAAUGCUAGCGGGUUUAUCUGACCUAACAUCAGAUCAAAGACCAGAGGUCAGAAGUUGUGCUCUUGAAGUCUUGUUUGAUUUGCUGAAUGAAAGAGGUAGCAAGUUCUCUACAUCAUUUUGGGAGAGUAUUUUCCAUCGAGUUCUAUUUCCAAUUUUUGAUCAUGUGAGACAUGCUGGAAAAGAAGGCUUUGUUUCUACUGAUGAUGAUUGGUUUCGUGAAACAAGCAUACAUUCACUUCAACUGCUAUGCAAUCUUUUCAACACAUUCUAUAAGGAGGUUUGUUUUAUGUUGCCACCACUGCUGGGUCUGCUGUUAGAUUGUGCCAAAAAGACAGAUCAAACGGUGGUCUCAAUAUCUCUUGGUGCUUUGGUGCAUCUCAUUGAAGUUGGCGGACACCAAUUCAGUGAGAGUGACUGGGACACGCUACUUAAAAGCAUAAGAGAUGCUUCAUACACAACACAACCGCUAGAGCUGCUUAAUGCGUUGAGUUUUGAAAAUCUGAGAAACUACGGAAGCAUUAUUAGUGAUUCUGAAGGCCACCCAGGUGACAGUGGUACCAUGAGGUCUGUUGACAAUGAGGUCGCGGGUGACCGUCAACUUGAUGUCAACAGUAAUGGGAAAUUAUCCCCACUGGCAUCCUCAAAUACAAAUGGUGAUGGAGUUGAAGACUCGGUGUCACAGACAAAUGUAGAUCAUUCUGAAGGCCUUCCAUCUCCAUCAGGAAGAACACCCAAAGCUGCAGAUGGAGGUCUCCAGCGGAGUCAAACCUUGGGUCAACGGAUUAUGGGAAAUAUGGAAAAUCUUUUCCUUCGAAAUCUUACUAAAUCUAAAAGCCGCACAUCAGAUGCUUCUCAACCAUCUACUCCGGUUAAGGUUGCUGAUGCUGUAGAGCCAGAUACCAAGAAUGAGGAGAGUCCUUUGCUGGUAACUGUCAGGGGAAAGUGCAUUACACAGUUAUUGCUUCUUGGUGCAAUUGAUGGUAUUCAGAAGAAAUAUUGGACAAAGUUAAAAGCACAACAGAAGAUUGCUCUAAUGGACAUUUUGCUAUCUUUGUUGGAGUUUGCCGCUUCAUAUAACUCAUCAUCCAAUCUUAGAACUCGUAUGCAGCAAAUUCCUAAUGAAAGGCCACCAAUAAAUCUUCUUCGUCAGGAGUUAGCUGGUACUGGUAUAUAUCUGGACAUCUUACAAAAAGCAACUUAUGGUUUUGAAACAAACAAAGAAAAAAGUCGAGAGUCUGAUGGACUUCAAGAUGCUGAUUCUACAGCAGAUAACGGCAUGAGUGUUACUCAACUUUCUGAUGCGGAAGAGAAAUUUGAAAGGGUAGCUGAGGAGAAACUGGUGUCUUUCUAUGACCAGGUGCUCAGGGAGGCAUCUGAUCUCCAGUCGAGUACUGGAGAAACCACUAACAUGGAUAUUCAUCGUGUCUUGGAACUGCGUGCUCCCAUCAUUGUUAAGGUGCUUCAAAGUAUGUGUUUUAUGAGCAGUAAGAUUUUCAGAAGACACUUGAGAGAAUUCUAUCCUUUGCUAACAAAACUUGUUUGCUGUGACCAGAUGGAUGUUCGGGGAGCACUUGGUGAUUUAUUUCAAGCACAACUGAAACCUCUUUUACCAUAACUGUCUUAUGUUAGGAUUCUGAGGGCAUUGCCGAUAUCAGUUUUAGCUGGCUUGGAAAGAAGAAAUAUUGUAGCAUUUUUGUAUUAAUAUUUUUUAUGGAAGUUUUGUGCUGGUACUAACAGUUUUGUAGAAAGGCAAUAGAAAUGUAAUUUUGGUUUCAUUAGAUCUCCCAAUAUUCGUUUGCACUUAAUUUGUUUGUGCAGUAUUUGGACAAUAGGUGAAACUCUGAUUGAGGUUUCGAAUCAGUCUUUUGUUGUAUGAUAAUAGAUGUAUACCACAUGAAACCCUUAUGUGUCUCUCCUGAGGGGGAAUUUAACAAAAAAGAAAAAGAGAGUAGCAGUUAUUCCUUCGUUCCCGUUCCCGUUCCUUUUCUUCACAUGUUCAGAUUUCAGUCCUUUAAUUUGGAUCUUACACCUUUACUGUUGAAGAGGUCUCUGGAGUGCAGGAACUGAUUACCAAUAAUGAAAAAGAACUGAAUUAUGAAUUAUAGAUAGACAUGGCGAUUUGAUUUCUAAUUGCCAAUAUUUGCAAUUCUUUUUUUGCCUUGUAAUGAUUGUGUCAGGACGUAUCAUGUAAAUUGAGUUGGAACUGGUUCUUGCUAACCAAUAAACGCAUAUGUAUGAAAAAGAAAAAAAAAAAGGCCCAUGCCUGCCUUGGCACAACGAAUAUUUUACACUACUAGUAGCAUUCGUUUCAAUCUAUUAUUUUAGGUUUAAUCAUAUUUUCAGUUUAAUUAUGUUUAAGAAUACACAAGAAUAAUUUCUAUAUAGUGAAUCAGAAACUAUAAGAUGUUAUAUAUAGAAUUUAAUGUAUGGGUAAAAUUAAACAUAAAUAUAAAUUAUCAAAAUAAUACAAAGAAAUAACAUAAAACUAAGCAGAAGUAAAAUAGAAGUUAGAGGAUCAGAAUACUAAUUUUAUCUUUUUUCCUUCUUAAAUUUUAAUUUAAAUAUUCUGAUAUUUACAAUGGAUUUGAGAUAUGAAAUAUUUUUAAAAAUUAAGAAGACAGAAAUUUUAUAAAAUUUAAAAAGCUUUAUGAAAUGUGAGAUUUGAAGAAGACAGAAAUUUUAUAUUUCUUUUAUGUAAAAUUUGAAGCUUUAGAUAACGAUUAUUGAAAAGAAGAAUGUAUAAAAGAAGUUAAUAGAUUUAAUUUAUGAAAAUUUUAAAUAAAAAUAAGAAUUUAAAAAUUUUUGGUAACAUAAAAUUGAAGACAAUUGUUUUUUUAAAUAGUAGAUAAACUUUGUUAACCUUAAUAAGUGAGAAUAUGUCAAACUUAAUUUAACUCAAAUCUCGGCUAGAUAUGAAUAAUUUUUUAAAACUUGUACUCGAGUCAAUUUAAGCUUGUAAAACUUUUAAAUUUAAAUACAAAAAUCGAUAAUCAAAAUUGUUUGUUUACUUUCACUUCAAAUUCACAAUAUCCUAGUAACCUUUAAAACAUUACGAAGGCAUAGAAAUAAAUUUUACUUUAUGUAAACAUGAAAUAGAACUUUAUACAAUAAUACCAUAAUAAUAAUUAUAUGAAUGUAAUUAAAAAUAAAUCAUAUUAAUUCAGUAAAACAAAACGUAUUAUUUAGUUUUAAAUUUCAUUGAAAUGAUAUAAUUAUAUGAGAUUUUGUAAAUUUUUUAAUACCUCAUGUUAUUGAGUUAGUUUAUGGACCAAAUGAAUCGAACCAUACAUGGCUACGUUUAACACCUUUACGGAGCUCAAUAUUAAACUCAAAUUCAAUCAUAUGAUUUAUGAACCAAGUUCAACGAGUUAAGUAAUAAAUCGAGUUUUGCUUAAUUUUAAAUUAGUUUUAUUUAUUAUUAACUCUAAUUUAAUCUGAAAAGAUUUAAUAAAUCAAAAUAACACAUAAUUAAAAGUAACUGAUAAAAAACUAAUUAAGUCAUAAUUUUAUUUACUGCUACUAAACUUGCACUUUUGUUCAUUAAUUUUAAUUGAUCAUGCAAAAAUUUAACAUAAAUUGCUUCAUUUGGGAUAGUAUUAGGGAAGAUAUUCUGAAACCGACAGCGUUACUUGGCACAUCGUUUACUGUUUCUGCAGAUGCCAGUGGCUACUUCAUUAUUUAUGGAAUCAAGAUGCUUUGCAACUC